GUCAGAAUGCCUUAAGACCACUCGGGACAAAAUCCGCGGCUCAAUUCUCGACUACCUGAGGGAUCCUAAGAAUCGAUUUGUCUGGCUGCGUGGUUCGCCCGGGACGGGGAAAACUGCGAUAUCUAUGAGUGUAGCUUCCACGCUUGACAAGCAGCACACCCUUGCAGCAUCCUUCUUCUGGGAUAAGAACCAAGAGGGAACAGGACUCGAUUCGAUUGAGCGCUUCCCCUCCACUCUUGCCCGACAGCUUGCGGCAUUCAGCACCGAGUAUCAGAACUCGCUUAUCAGGCAACUUCGGGAUCCGGCUUCAUUCAGCAGUAUUGAUGGUUCUGCAACAGAGAAAGAGAUGAAAGCUUGGAUCAUCAACCCUAUGCGUGAACUCGGGGGUGUAUUGUCUUCAGGAAAGGGUCGCCCUGUGAUCGUAUUGGAUGGACUUGAUGAGUGCGGGAAUCCAGAGGUGCUUGCGUCUUUGAUGAGGCUCGUUCUUCUGCUUGAUGAGCUACCUUCGACGUUUUCCAUACUCAUCAGUUGCCGUCCGGAGCCGCAAGUGAUUUCCGCUUGGACUCGAGCUAAUCCGCAUCUUUCGAUCGCUCAUGAAGAUAUGGAUCAGAUUGCAAAAGACGAGAAUUUCCACACGAUCCGUUGUAUGCUCGAAAAUGGGUUCCAGGAUUGUAUCACGGAGUCUCCCUGGAAACCGACCAAGCAGGACCUCAAUGCGUUCUCUUCAGCUUGCCGUGGCUUACCUAUUAUCGCCUCAACCCGGAUACGUGACGUCCGCUAUCAGAUUCAAUGCGGUUCCGUGCUGGAAUCCGAAUUCGAUUACUAUCUCAAUCUCACAGACGCACCUGAGGAUCUGAACUCGGAGUACUUGCGAAUAAUGCGACGGGCCUAUUUAGGCCAGCGCACAAAAGUUAAUCCACGCCUCGCAGAGAAGUACCGUGAGGUUGUUGGGAUGAUGAUUGUCCCACGGCGAGAAUUCGGCGUGUAUGAGAUAUCACAGCUCCUUGGAAAGUAUUCUGAGCAUGAAGUGCGCUCGAUACUCAAGCCCAUUAGCUCAAUAGUCGAUCUACCUUCAACAGACAGCAUUCCUGUCAAAUUCUAUCAUGCGACAGUGAAGGAAUUCAUCACAGGGAUUCCAAUUGGCAAUGAAGAGGACGAAGUAUUUUUUAUUAGCGACAAGAAAGGGUAUUCAAUUGGGUUGCAGCUCCUUCGAUUUGUGAAUGGUGCCAUUAAAAGGAAUGAGUUGGGUCUCCCUGAACUUCCUUGGGGAGAUGAAAAGAAGUGGGAGUCUAGGGGCAAGACUACGAAACCCAAGCAUGUCGACUAUGCACUUACGGAGUUGUUCCAACACUUGGACCCUUCGCUCCUCUUUUCACAAGAGUCUAAUGAAUUGCAGAGAGAAUUUGAACAAUUCUGGAUACAAAACUUGGCCUCGUUCUUCUCAGCAAAGGGUAAAGGAAAAUUUCCUCCUGAUUGGGAUCAAUUCGAGAAUCACGAGUCGAUCUCUGUCAUCCGUGGUGCCCAGGAACUCUUUAGCGAAUCCCCAUGGCAUGCUUAUCGAUCCGUUCUCCCAUUCACUCCAACGUCAUCACCCAUGUACAAAUAUUAUGGUCAUCUCUCGGACCCUGUUCGAGUCUUCAGUGUCUCCGGCGAAUUCGCCGGUGGCUUAAUUCCUUUAUCCGAUGACGCACACAGAGCUCGAGGGGUGAUGGAGGCGGAGCUGACUAAAUUGUCGAGGAAGAAUGGAUGGGAGACCAAUUACGAAGCCGAGUUUCGUAACAAGAAUGUUCGCAAUGGUAUUGUGACCUGUGCAGCGCUCUCAAGAGAUGGCCAUCGUGUAGCGCUUGGAUUUGGAAGUGGUAUUAUCGAAGUAGCUGACAUUGACGAUCAGUGCACAAUCUGUCAAUUCCAGAGUGAUUCUUCCUAUCCUCCCAUUUGGAUUGAAUUUAUCCAUGGUGGUAAUACCCACAUUGCCACCGAAGAUACUCAAGGAAACACUACCAUUUUCCGCCAUGAAAUGCCUUCGGUGAAGCUUGGCACUCUUCCCAACAGCCAUUACCUUCCUCUAACUGCAGUGUCGGACAAUGGGUGGUUUGUUGUACGAGUCCCACGAAAUUCUAAAGAUGCUUGGUACGAGAAUAUAACACUCUUGUGUGUCUCCGGCAACCCAUCCAUUCAGUUUCUUGCACCUCCUUCCACCGCUCGGUCUUCCGAAUGCCUUUCCCUUCCUUUGCGACAAUCACUUGGAUUCUCUCCUGGAGGCCGAUAUGUCUGCGCUUACGAUGCGCAUGACGCUUUUGUCUGGUCAACAUAUUCAGGUGAAUGGAUCGCACGAUUUUGUGCGCAAGGUUUCGACAAGUGGAUCAUCAAUACUGGUGUUCCCCCCCUUGCUCAUAUUCCAUCCCCAACCCCAUAAUCCUUCAAUCUGCCAUUCCUUUGAUCCCGGAAGUGGACAUGAACUAUGGGCAAACUUCCGACUCGUCAUUGUCCAGGCACGACUCAGAUAGAUCAUGGCUGAAGUGCCCCUUUUACGACC